GUGAUACAGCCGCUCGUUUUCAUUGCGUGUUUGACGGAGAGCUUGCGGGGCGGAGCUUUGUGCCUUACAACGAUCUCUGCAGAGUUGAAGCGGCACACCUGCCCAUUUCCAUGCCAACGUGCAGCACGCCGAACGAGAAAAUCCGUAGUGCAAUUUUCGUUUUUACCCUGAAACUCAAAGACUAAGGAAGACCCCCUCCUUUCGAUGCCAAUGCGUCGCUUACCGUCCUCCGUCCUCGGCGCCAGCGGGUGCCUCAGUCACCAUUUAGUUCGGCACUCCACAAGCCGUUCCUCUCCCCCCUCCUCCACCACCCCGACGGCGGCCAAGGCCGCUGCGACAACCAGCAGAGAAUCUGCAGGAAAGGCAAGCGGCGGAGGAGGGCAGGAGGACGACGGUGAUAUCGUCACGCCGUGGACGGUGAUAGCAAAAGGCCCCCAGGGCAUCAACUACGACCGCGUGCUCACCACCUUCAAGGCAGAGCGGGUGGAUGCGGCGGCUCGGCAGCACAUACGCGACGUGAUCGCAACAUGUCACGUGCGCGCCACCGCCAGCGUCUCCGCCAACGACGAGGCAGAGAAGGCAGCCGCCACCGGCAAUGGAAAGACAAGUAGCGCCGGUCCCACUACGACUGCCGCAUCAUCUGGCCCGGCCUCCGCCUCCGCCUCCUCCCCCUCCCCGCCACCGGCGCUUCAUCACUUCUUCACUCGCGACAUCGCCUUCUCACACCGCGACCUUCACAAAGCUCUGAAGGAUAUUGAGGCGACGAGUGAGCCCGGGAACCACUCCGCGUUCCUCUACACUGGUCGAGGCCCGAGCGCCGGCAGCAUGCACGUCGGGCACGUGCUGCCUUUCCUCUUGACGAAGUACCUUCAGGACGUGUUCCACCUGCCGCUGGUGGUCCAAAUCACUGAUGACGAGAAGUACCUCUUUCGCGAUGUGCCGUUCGAGGGAGAACGGGCGGACGAGAACAUUCGGAGCAACAUCAAGGACAUCAUCGCCUUCGGCUUCAACCCACGGCACACCUUCAUCUUUCGCAAUACGCAGUACAUGGGGGAGAUGUACACCACGGUGCUGCCGCUGCAGCGCAGCAUGACGGCCAACGCCGUGAAGCACACGCUCGGCAUCGUCGACAGCGACAAUGUCGGCAAGUUCUCCUUUCCCGCCACGCAGGCCGCGCCGUGCUUCAGCUCCGCCUUCCGCCGCGUGCUGCAAAACGGAGGGAAACCGAUGCGCUGCCUCAUUCCCUGUGCGAUUGAUCAGGACCCUUUCUUUGUCCUCACGCGGGCCUCCGCCGCACGGCUAAAGCAGCCACCGCCGGCGCUGCUGCACACGAAGUUUCUGCCCGCCCUGAAAGGGCUGGAACACAAGAUGAGCAGCAGCGCUGAGGAGAACGGCGUCAUCACGCUGCACGACACGGACAAGCAGGUGCGGAAGAAGAUGCGGAAGGCGUUUUCAGGCGGCAGCGGAACGCUGGCGCAGAUGCAGGCGAAAGGAGCCAAUCUCGAGGUGGACGUCGCGUACCAGUAUCUUCGCUUCUUCUGCCCCGACGAUGCCGUCUUUGACGAGGUCACGGAGAAGUACAGUAGCGGCGCGAUGAACAGCGGAGAGGUGAAGGACUUGGCGGCGGAGUGCAUUAUGCAGAACGUGCUGCGUGACUGGCGGGCACGGCGGGCGAAGGUGACGGACGCCGAUUUGGUCCACUUCUGCAGCAUUCGGAACAUCCUUUUCUGA